AUGCUGACUCGCAGCGUGCUCGUAUUAGCAAGUGUGUUGUCGUCAGCAUGGGGCGAGCUGGCGUUCCCCCCCGGGUUCAGGUGGGGCGCCGCCACCGCCGCCUACCAGGUCGAGGGCGCAUGGAACCAGAGUGACAAGUCCCCAAGCGUGUGGGACCACUUCAUCCACUCAACCCCUGACCUGGUGGCGGACCGCUCCACCGGGGACGUGGCCGCAGACUCCUACCACCUGUGGAGACGAGACGUGGAGAUGCUGGAGGAGCUGGGGCUGCAGUUUUACAGAUUCUCCAUAUCCUGGACGCGUCUGGUACCGAAUGGAUUCGCCAACGUGAUCAGCGAGGACGGCCGGCGGUACUACGACGACCUCAUCAACGGCCUAUUGGAGAGCGGAAUAGAACCCAUCCCCACCAUCUACCAUUGGGACAUACCGCAACGGUUGCAGGAUUUGGGUGGCUGGACCAACCCACUCGUAUCAGAUUGGUUUGCGGAGUACGCCAGAGUGGUAUUUUCCAUCUACGCAAACCGAGUCAAGUACUGGGUGACCAUCAACGAGCCGUCAGUGUUCUGUGAGUUUGGAUACGGAGCUGGUAUGAUAGCCCCAGGGAUCAAAGACCAGGAUAUCGGCAAGUACAUGUGUGUCAAGAAUGUGCUGAUGGCCCAUGGGAAGGCGUAUAGGGUUUAUGAGAGAGAGUUUAAGGGAAAAUAUUCUGGAAAACUAUCGAUGGCUAAUCACUUUAUGUGGUAUGAAGCUGAGACGGAGAAAGAUUUGGAAGUAGCCGAACUAAUAAGGCAGUUUCAGUACGGCCUGUACUGCCACGCCAUAUACUCCCAGGAGGGCGGCUGGCCAGCGGCGGUGGAGCAGCAAAUCGCCGACAACAGCUACAGAGAGGGCUACAGUUUCUCCAGGCUACCGGGGUUCACGCAAGAAGAGAAGGAAUUGUUGUUUCCAGGUACCUUCGACUACAUGGCAGUGAACCACUACAGCAGCAGGACAGUCCGCAAGCAGCCGUCAGCGGAACACAUUCCUGCUUCCAACCAGUUCACGGCGAAUGCUGAGUUUAACGCCACCUAUGAGGGCAAGGAGGACUGGCCUAAAGGAAACUCCUUUUGGUUCUUGAUAAACCCGGCCGGCCUGCGUGACCUGCUGGUGUGGCUGCGGACAGAGUACGGAGACCUCGAGUACCUCAUCACAGAGAACGGGUACUCUGACGUCACCACCAAGAUCAAUGACGAUGAUAGGGUCGACUAUCAUAGGGAGUAUUUGAAACAGGUUCUUUUGGCCAUAAAGCAAAACGGAGUGAAUGUGACCGGCUACACCGCGUGGUCUCUGAUGGACGACUUCGAGUGGGUGGAGGGAUACACUCUCGGCUUCGGCCUCUACCACGUAGACUUCAGCCGGGCGGAGCGCCACCGCCGUGAACAUAGCAGCAGAAGCAAAUUUUUUGUAUGAGUGAAUUUGUUUUCAUGAUCAUGAAGAAAUAAGAAAAAGUAGCAAAAUUCUGUUAUCACUACAUGCUAGGGGAUGCUGCAAUGAACCUAUAUACAUAUUACACAUUUAACAGUGUGCUCGAAAUUAGUCAAAAUUAUUAAUUAUAAGGACACUCAAUACG